AUGGAUUGGAAAAAAGAAAACAUAAUAAAAUGGCUGGUUUUUAAAAAUUGCGUCGUCGAUAAGCCAAUGAUGAAACAUCUAUUAAUGGAAAAAGUGAAUGAAAUCAAACCUUUUCAUGAUAAAUAUUUAAUAAAUGAAGAAGCGUUAAAAGGUAAUAAAGUGGUCUUACGUUUACCUCCUCACCACGAUGAACUAAAUCUUAUUGAGCUAGCGUGGUCGAUGGUAAAAAAUCAUGUAAAACAACACAAUACUACGUGCAAGUCGAGUGAUGUAAAGAAACUACUCAGCGAUGGAAUUCAACGCAUAACACCUAAAAUAUGGAAUAAUUUUGUUAGCCACACAAUCACAGAGGAAAAUAAAUUGUACAAAAUGGACUUCAUUGUUGACGAAAUAUUAGAUUCAGUAUCGGAUACAAGCAAGAGACACUUCCUCAGACUUUUCUGA